AUGGGUAAUAACUCAUCGAAACAGAAAAGUUCGAGACCAAGUGGGGGUGCACCAUUGCAGCGGACAGAUACAUCCAAUUCAGCAAAGUCAGGAAGGUCAGUGAGACUGAGGUUGUCUGUGGGUAGCACCAACAGUGCAAAUAAUAAUAAUAAUCACAACAACAACAACGACAACAACAAUGGUAAUACCGGUAUUAAUAAUUCGAUUGGCAGUCAUGCGAAUGGAAAUAAUGGCAGCAGCAACAGCAGCAGCGGCCAUUUCGACCCUCCUGCAGCAUCACCGUCGAAAAGUCGAUUUAAUGACUCUGCGGGGAAUGGCACGGCUCUGAAUGAACAGCCCAGUGGCCUCAAGUCACCUUUGAAGUCGACAUCCCGCAAGAAUUCAUCAUCGGAGGCAAAUUCAGAGAUACCGUCGUUUUCAAGAAACAACAGUUCAUCGAACUUAUAUUCCACUUCUUUUAAUGACAACACAAAUUUACCUCCUUCUAUGAUGCAAGUACAACCCAAAGAGCCAAUAUUGAUUCGAAGGAAUACUAAUGAGACUGUAAACACUUCGAUGAGUGUGUCGGGACUCGAGUCACCAUCAAUGAAUUCGCCACAAUCGACAUCGGCGAAUAAUAAUGGCACCAACAUAUCACGUACGUCAACAAACCACUCCCUAUCAUCUUCCAUGAAUAAUACAUCAAUAUCCCCCCAGAAUACCCAUUUGAUGAUUCCUAAUCUGCAAUCUAAUGACUUUCAACAAUCAGAUGGACAACAGCAAGGUUCCCAACCGCCCAAGUCACCUUCCUUGUCUGCAAGCAACGACGAUAUCAGAAGUAUACAGAGUAGCAGACAAUCACUGGCCACAGACUUAACUGAUAUUACAAAGACACAAUCGUCGGUGAACAACCAUUUACACAAACAAUCAACAACGUCUUCUUCAAUAGGUGGCGGAAGUAAUACUAUAGAGAUAGAAGACUUGAUCCAACGGCUUUUGGACGCCGGAUACAGUGGUAAGAGGACCAAAAAUGUUUGCUUGAAAAACACCGAGAUUCAGUUGAUCUGUGCUACAGCCAGAGAAAUCUUUUUAUCCCAGCCGUCACUACUAGAGCUUUCUCCACCGGUCAAAGUAGUUGGUGAUGUUCACGGGCAAUACGGGGACUUGAUUCGUAUUUUUACAAAGUGUGGCUUUCCACCGCAAACAAACUACUUGUUUCUUGGGGAUUAUGUUGAUAGAGGAAAACAAAGUUUAGAAACUAUUUUGCUAUUGCUAUGCUACAAGAUCAAGUAUCCGGAGAAUUUCUUCUUGUUGAGAGGUAACCAUGAGUGUGCUAGUGUAACAAGAGUUUACGGGUUUUAUGACGAGUGUAAAAGAAGGUGUAAUAUCAAAACGUGGAAGCUCUUCAUGGACACAUUCAACACUCUACCAAUAGCAGCAAUAGUUGCGGGGAAGAUUUUCUGCGUGCACGGAGGGUUAUCGCCAGUGCUCAACUCCAUGGACGAAAUAAGAAACAUUGCGCGUCCAACGGAUGUACCUGAUUUUGGACUACUUAACGAUCUAUUAUGGUCAGAUCCAGCGGAUACAAUUAACGAAUGGGAAGACAACGAGAGAGGAGUCUCUUAUGUGUUUUCGAAAGUGGCAAUCAACAAGUUUUUGAGCAAGUUUGGAUUUGAUUUAGUUUGCCGGGCCCAUAUGGUUGUUGAAGAUGGCUAUGAAUUCUUCAACGAUCGAACAUUGGUGACAGUGUUUUCUGCUCCCAAUUAUUGUGGGGAGUUUGACAACUGGGGCGCAGUAAUGAGUGUCUCUGAGGAACUAUUGUGCUCUUUCGAAUUGUUGGACCCAUUGGACAGUGUAGCUUUGAAGCAAGUGAUGAAGAAAGGAAAACAAGAGAGAAAAACGGCACAAAAUUUACAGCGAAUUCAAUCUAGAUAA